GAAGAUGACAGCCCUCCAACUAAUAAAACUACACGUCAGGUAUCUGAUGACGAAGACAUUGGUACAACCUCACUAUCACAGAGGGAUGAAGGCACAAAUGACGACGACAACGAGCUAGCUGAGAACGACGAGGAUGAAAGCGACGAUGCUGAUGUUAAACCAACUAUUAUGGAUCAGGAAUACGUCGCAGAGGCACUCCAGCCUCAAGAACGUCAAAGAGAUGCUGACAAUUUCAUACCUGGUUCUAUCACUAGAGUCGUAUUGCACAAUUUCUUAACAUACGACCAUGUUGAUUUCUGUCCAGGUCCAUAUCUCAAUAUGAUUAUAGGUCCAAAUGGUACGGGUAAAUCUACCAUAGUUUGCGGUAUAGCAUUAGGUUUAGGUGCAGGACCAAAAAUUCUUGGUAGAUCAAGUGAUGUUAAUGCAUUUGUCAAACAAGACAAAACGCAAGGUUACAUUGAAAUCCAUCUUAAAGCAAAAAAUCGUCAUCACAAUCACGUUAUUAAGAGAAGUAUAAAUUCAACAGAUAAGCAGUCAAAAUAUGAAGUAGAUGGUGAACCUUCAAGGCUUGAAGUAAUCAAAGAAAUCGUCAGUAGUUAUGGUAUACAGAUUGGGAAUCUCUGCUCAUUCUUACCACAAGAUAAAGUAUCACAAUUCGCUCAGAUGUCUCCUUCAACUCUAUUACUUGAAACACAGAAAGUCGCAGAAGGUACAGGUAUUGGAAACCUUACAGAAUGGCAUAAAAAGCUCAUAGAAAGUGGAAAAACUCUCAAUGAAGCAGAGAAUGAUCUUAAUAGUAUGAUCAAAGACCGUAAUGAUCUUGAAGAGAUGAAUAAAUCUCAAGAACGUGAGAUUGAACGUUACAGAGCACGAAAAUCUAUAGAGAAGAAGAUUGAUCUUCUGAAUCUUAUGAUACCAUUUUCUCGCUACUCACAAUCAAAGACACAAUAUGACCAAGCUAAGGCAAAUCGCAAACGCCUUAAUGAGAAUGUAAUCAAAAUUGAGAGAGAAAAUCUUCCAUUAAAGCAGAAGAUAUCUGAUUUUGAAAAGCUCAUCAAAGAAUCGGAAGAUAAACGCAAAGAUAACGAAGAAGAUAUCCAAAGGAAGAGGCAAGAAAUGAAAGAGGUUGGAAAGCAAUUAGAGCAAUUUGUAAAGCACACUGAAGAUGCAACAUCUAAAAUUGAAGAUGCAGAAAGAGCAGAUCAAAGGCGACUUGAGAGUAUAGACAGUGCUAAGCAAAAUAUAGCCGCAUUGGAGAGUACAAUUGCUGAUCCACCAAAUGAAGAAGGUCUUAGAGAGUUUGAAGAUCAAAUCCGUACUAUCAGACAGUCAAUUAGUGAACUACACGAGUUUGGAAAGAAAUAUCAGGACAUCAGACGUGAAGUGGCUUCCGAGAAGCAAGAAAUAUAUCAUGAGCAAUCAAGAUAUGAAAGGAUUUUACUUUCAAUGGAUAACGUUAGGCAAAGACGAUAUGAGAAAUUUAGAAGCUUCGAUGAGACCACUGCUAGAACGGUUGAAAUUAUCAACAAGAAUAAGGAUAAAUUUCAAGAAAAAGUAUACGAUCCAGCUUUCUUAGAAGUUAAAGUCAAAGAUCAAUCAUACGCAGCAGCUAUCGAAUCUCUCAUAAAUUACAACGUUAUGAAAACCAUCUUAUGUCAAAAUCAAGAAGAUUACGACAUUGCAACUAAACAAAUCAUUGAUAAAUAUAAGUUUAGAGUAAACAUCGUUCAACCUGUGUUUAGCUCUAGAGAUACAGAACCACUCAUGACUAGAGAGGAAAUCAGACAAUUAGGAUUUGAUGGUUUUGCCAUAGACUUUAUUGAUGCUCCAGAAUUUAUAAUCAAUUAUCUCAAAAAGAGUUGCUUUUUACACAAGAUACCAGUUGCAAAAACAGCAGACCAAGUAAACUUGAAAGCUAUUGAAGAGUCUAGUGCAUUCAAAAAAAGAGAGUUGAGGAGAUACCUCAUUGGAACCGAAUCACACAGUUACAACUGGUCGAGGUAUGGUAAACAAGCAGCAUCUACUACUACAACCUUUGUGAGACCAUCAAGGGUGUUCAACGAUACAAAUGCAGAUAUUGAAGAGAGACAGGAACUUGAGGCUCGUAUUGAGGAGUAUAAAAGGAGAGCUAGUGAGCAAGAUCAGAAGAUUGAAGAGCUAAUUCCAAAGGAAAAGGAUUUACAUGUUCAAGAGAGAACCUACAAAGGAGAAAUCCAGAGACUCGACGAGCAGAAAUCUGAAAUACAGAGAAAACGUCAAGAAUACUUUAAAGCUCAAGCUACAUUACAUAGUACCAAAAAGAAUCUCCAGAAAUUGGAAAAUAUGCCAAGUUCAGCUGCUGAAAAGCAGAAAUAUAAAACAUUGAUAUGCAAAAUAACAAAACAAAGAAUUGAUGAGGUAGAAACUUACACGGAGUUAGUCAAGGAACUAACUCAGCUAAUCGAGAAAUCCGAGUUAUUAGUACUUGAAGAAGUACAAUAUGAUGCGAACAGACGUAGCCUCAAUGGUUACUUGAAUGGAUAUAACAUAACUCUCAGUGAAGCAUCUAGGGAAUUGAGUCAGGCUGAUGAACACUAUAAGAGUGUCAAAGCAGAAUCAACUAGGUACCUCAAGAUAGCUCAGAAUGAAUUAGCACAAGCUAGCGAAGAAUUACGCAAUGACUUUGUGAAAUUUAGAGAAAGAGUAAGUCAAACUGGAGAUGAGCAGAGUCUUGAAGAGUUGGAAGAUGCUUUAGCAGUUGAAAAGACUAAUCUUGAGAUGAACUCCAACGUUUCUGCAAGUAUUAUUGAGAUGUUUGAACACCGUAAGAAGGUCAUCGAGGAACAAACGCAGAAAAUCAAAAAGAAACAAAUACAAUUUGAUAAUCUAAAAGCAUCAAUUGAUCGUAUAAGGUCUAAAUGGGAACCAACCCUUCUCAAACUCAUAAUGGCAGUUAGUGAGAGAUUUAGUAAGGCUUUCGAGAGAUUCGGUUGUGCAGGGGAAGUAAAGCUAUUCAGACAUGCAACAGAUUAUGCUCAAUGGGCUAUCGAAAUUUACGUUAAAUUUCGUGAAACUGAGAACCUCGAAUUACUUACUCACCAAAGACAAAGUGGAGGAGAGAGAUCACUUUCAACUAUUCUAUAUUUGAUGUCACUUACUGAAUUAUCAAAAUCACCAUUCAGUCUUGUUGAUGAGAUAAAUCAGGGUAUGGAUAGUAGAGCUGAAAGACUAGUACAUAAUCAAAUGGUUCAAGUAACUUGUCGAGAUUAUUCAAGUCAAUAUUUCUUAAUUACGCCAAAGUUACUUCCAAAUCUCACUUAUCAUCCAAAAAUGAAGGUACUUUGCGUUAAUAACGGGGAAUGGCUGGAUGAAAAGAGAGGAAAUCUAAAGUUACUCUUAAAGGAACACAAAGACGCUAAUGCGGGGAUUGCAAAUGGCACACAAACACUUCAAGCAGCAGUUUGA